GCCAUUUCGUGCGCCCCGGGAUUGGAGGGCAGUGAGUUCAUAUCCCUAGACCCGAGGCUGCGGUCAUGGAGCCCCAAUCAGACUCCGGUCCCUCGGCGGAGAUGGGAAGCCCCAGGGCGAUGGAGGUCUCAGAGGUCUUGAAUAACCCCAAGGGAAUAAGGACAGCUCUUAGCCCAGAGAAAGGCUUGACGGUGGGGUCGGUCAAUCCCCCACGGCUGCCCGCACUGAAGAUCUCGCCUCCCCCGUGCCCGAAGGCCCAGUUUGUGCAGUCUUCGAAAUGCUGCCUGGAGGGGGAUAACUUGCCUUACGUGGAGAAAGGCGGGGGCCAGUGCAGGGAGCUGCGCCCCAUGGGGCUUCUCUGCACCAAGGGCACAAGCCUCCUGAGUGACAUGCAGCCCCCGAUGGAGACAGAUGCUGCCCUGGGCAUGAGGAGUGGUUUGGGAUUAUCAACCCGGCCCCCCACGGCCAGGGACAUCGAGAGGGACCCGAGGGAUCUGGAGAAAAUGCAGGAGAAGCUGGCCAGGCAAGCCCCCUUUUGUCCGAAGCCCGACAUGGGGUUAGUGAGUGAGCUCUCAGCGAAGAUCUCUUGCCCUGAGAACUUGGGAGCCUCUGAGGAGGAGGAGCCCCCAGUCGGCUCGGAGAUUGGCUUGCCCAGUAGGGUGAUGCGUAACUUGGAACCCGAGAGCGAGGACCCGGUAGGGCUGGUGAUAAAACCACCAGCAUACAUCUUCAAGACGAAGCCCGAAGAACCUCCCAAGCUUCCGAAGGAUUUGGAACCGGGAGUGGAGCCUCCAGAUAAUAUCAGACCCAUUUAUCGUGGGAAAUUUUUUGACCGUAAUCCUAGCUGGCCAUGUGCAGGGAAGCUUAUUCCAAUUGGAUACAGAGCUGAAACCUGUUUGACUGAAAAAUGGCCUCCACCUUUGACUCCACCCACUGAGAGAAAGUUUUAUAAAGCCAGAUAUCCUGAUCCUGGUACUGAACGGAUAUUUUAUGGCAGAGCAAAUGAUCCAGAUGUUUCUCAUUUGACACAUGGUAAAAAAAGCGAUAAAUCACUCAAGGUAGGUCCAUUGGUCAAUCCACCUCCUAUUUCUACAUUUCUACAAAGAUUUAAGGAAAGGAAAGAAUCACUCUAUUUCAGUAAUCGGAGAGCGCCAUUAGGGAGGUCCCACGAUCAAACGCAAAAUUUACCUGAAUGUAUUGAUACAGUUAAUACAACAUUUGGAGUACCAACCUUCAGAGAGAUCAAUGCCAGAGACAUAGUGAAUCCACCAAAAUCCUUUGAACAGGUAUUUGAAGAAGCAAAUCAAGGACAUGAGCUGUACGUUGUCUCCCACAAUGAUUAUUAUGUAGGGGAAAUGAAGAAUAGGAAAUAUAACCCAGCAAGCUUUUAUAGAUUUCAAACUUAUGGAGGGGAAACGCCACAUUUUAACGAUGGUCGAACUAUGGCAAAAUCUUUUCAUUGGCUCCACGAGCUACAAAUGAAAAAAGGCAGUAAAAUAGUUUCCAAAAGAGUCGAUGACUUCAAUGAAAAGUUUCAACACAAACUUGGAAAAGUCUGGGAUCCCAUUGCAGAAACAAUGAAUGUUCCACCAGAUCACACAUUUGGAAUAUUUCUGCGUCCAGAUGAAUACGGAGCUGGCGACCUCAUUUACAAUCGACUGCCAGGCCAGUACCUUCAUGGCAAGGAUAGGGAGCGAGCCGUCUUUGCUGCACUUCGUCAGCAUCUGAAGAAAGUGAACUAUCACAACUUUGACACUUUGCUGGAGGCGUUCCGGCAUUUUGACAAGAAAGGAGAUGGGUUGAUAGACAAACAAGAGCUCCAGAGAGCCUGUUCUCAGAUGAACCUAGAACUAGAUGAGGUGCUUCUGGAUGAACUGUUGGAUUAUUGUGAUCUGGAUAAGGACGGCAAAAUUAACUACCAAGAAUUCACCAAUUUUCUGAACUGGAAAGACAAACUACCCAUUAAGGAAUUUGAAGAAAAGAUCCUCAUCCGAGGGAAAAAAAUGUCAGAAGAUCCUCAGUGCCUCCUUAUUACUGGUACAGAAUUAGAGGGCCAGGUCUCUCCUCUGAUCAAACCUGAAGAUAUUGUACAAGAAGAACCUGGGAAACCAAUGAAAACUCCUCUGACUCUCUCACGACCAACAGAUAAAGUAUUUGCUGAUUAUAAAACAUCAUCUUCUCAGAUUAAUUCAGUUGUAGGAGGCAUUUCUCCAAUGAGUAUUCCCAUGUGUGGUGUCCCGACGAUUCGUUCUGACAUAGCUUCCCCUCGUUACCGACGAGUUAGCGACAGAACCAAUUAUGGUGAUUCGGGUACUGCCUAUACAUUGCUAUACCCAUCCAUCUUCAGUGAAAAGGGAGUGUUUGAAAAAGACUUCUUUAAGGCUAGAACAAAAGAUGAGAUUGCCCAGAUACUACGGAAUAUUGGUGUCAACCUUACUGAUGAGAACUUUGAAUGUGUGUGGAAUUUGGCUUCUAAGAAACAUCACAAGGGAGAAGUUUGUGUGGAGUCUGUGAGAAAUGUCCUGGAUGAAAUGCAGCAUGCCAAAAGAAUCAGAAGGAAUCAAGUAUAAUGAGUCUUGUGAUUUUUGUGGAGUUUGUUCCUUUCUGAAAAGGAAUGAGCCUUAACAUGUUACUUUGAACAUUUACUUUCAUAUACAUUCAGAUUUAUUCUAGUAGUAGAUAUCAUAUUCUAAUUCUGUAAUCACUGUGGGUGAUCUCAUAUGCUACCUAUUGCUAAUAAAUUAGAUCAUUUUAGCUUCCAAAUUUUUCCUUAUAACUCAUAUUUCUAAGCAUAUAUUUUAAAGGCAUGUCUUUUUUCACCUAUAAUUAAAAAAAAUUGUUUUCAAUUAGCAAACGUUUAUUUUCUCCUCAUCCUGCCUCUGACACUAACUACUCAUGUAACCUUGGACAAGUAACUAUACUUCCCUGGGCCUUGGUUUCUUGAACAUGGAAUCCCUGGCUUCCCUCAAAACUUAGCUUAAACCAGACCAUCUCCCUGUUGGUAAUCUACUAUCCAAAGCCUACAUUGAUUACAUCAGACAGUUCCUGUGUGUGCUGUUAUUCUCAGGAAGUCCAGUUCCAGCUGUCCUGGUCCUCUGUGAUGGGUUGCUCCCACCAGAUAUUCAGAGACUAACAGGCUGCUAUGGUCUCUUAGGAAGCCUUCUCUGUGUCUCCUCCAGUUGUACUCACUCCAUGCUGGUGUUCAUCGCUGAUCUGUUCUGGCUCUCCUGCUAUCCUUUCUCAGAUGUUAAGGAUACUCAGUUCUCUCUGGACACUAGAUACUAAUAGAGGAGGCCUAAGAGUUAUUAUUCUGGUCUGGGCUUCCUCACAGCUCAUACAUGUGCCAGACCUGGAGUUUCCCCUGAUUGAGGUUUGUCCCUUCUGUACACGUGUAUACAAAUCACCCAAAUCAAGGUCAUCAAUUUCAAAUCUGGAGAGACCUAGUCCAGUCUCAUUUUAUAGAUGAAGAAGCUGAGGCACAUUAUAUUUAAUUUUGGAAGUUGAUAGUGACUGGAGCUCACUGAAUAGGGUGAUGAUAUGGGCAGGCCUAUGCUUUAGAAAAAUUAUCUUGGCAGCUGAGGGGAGGAUGGUUUGGAGUGGAGAGAGAUGAGACAGGGAGAUCAACUAGAAGACAUUUGCAAUAGUUCAGGCAAGAGGUGAUAAGGACCAGAACUAGAGUUGUGGUAGUGUGAGUGGAGAGAAGGGGAUAUAUCAGAAAUGUAAAAAUAUAAACUUUCAUACCAAGAUUUGGUAAGAGAUUGCAUAUUUGGUGUGAGUGAAACUAGAGAGUCAUGGAUAAUAUCAAGUUUGUAAGUCUAGAAUGAUGGAGAAUGGUGGUAUCCUCAAAAGUAAUAGAAAAGUUUGGAAAGGGGGAUGCUUUGGGGAUAAAGAUAAUGAGCUCCAUUUUGGACACAUUGAGUUGGAGAUGCUUAUGGGGAUCCAACUUGAGAUGUCCAAGAGCCUAUUGGAGAUGUGUGAUUUUAUUUUAGCAGAGGUUUUAGGGCUGGAUACACACACAUAU